AUGGCACCAGAGUCAAAGGACGAACGCGACCAAAGAGUUGCCAAACUCUGGGAAACACUGGACACUCGACGCGAGGGACACAUCGACCUACAUGGUCUAAAGAAAGGCCUAAAAAAAAUCGACCAUCCGCUCAAAAACGCAGAUGAGAUGGUUGUCAGCGUUGUCCAGCAAGUCGACACGAAUGGCGACGGGCGCAUAGACCAAGCUGAAUUCCACGCUUUCCUCAACCACACCGAAGAGGGACUAUGGAAGAUGUUCCAAAGCAUCGAUCGGAACCACAACGGAGAAAUUGACAAGGCCGAAUUGCGGAAUGCUUUCUCGAGUUCGGGGGUAACAGUCUCUGGCGCCAAGCUCGACCGGUUUUUCGCCGAGAUGGACAAAAACAACGACGGGGUGAUCUCAUAUGCAGAGUGGAGGGAUUUCCUCCUCUUCCUCCCCCUCCACUCCCCGACCGACCUCCACGCAGUCCUCUCAUACUACACGGCCACGGGUAAUCUAAACCCGGAAGGAGAUGUCCACAUCAAUGACCUGCAGGGUUUAGGUACAGACCAUCCGUUUCUUAGACACAUUUCGGGCAUCCAGCACCUUUUGUACAAUAUUCUGUCACUCCCUGCCUUGGCCUUCCUACUCCCUUCAGCCCACGCCGAAGCCAUUCAUGUCUCAAAACUGGAUCCCGUCCUCGAGAAUGAUCAUCUCUCGUUGGACGGCGAUUUUGAAGUGGAGUGGUUGACUAUUCCCCAGACUACCGCCAUGCGGAUGUUUUUCCGAUAUUAUGGACGGAGGUUGACCGAAAAUACCCCUCAAUUAGGCUACUUUUUCGCCGGUGGAAUCGCGGGCGCUGUUUCAAGGACGGCUACUGCACCUCUCGAUCGUCUCAAGGUCUACCUGAUUGCCCAAACCGGCGUGAAAGAAUCAACCGUUCGGGCGGCGAAGGAGGGAGCCCCGUUGGCUGCGGCUGGAAAUGCAUCCAAAACGUUAUUUGAUGCGCUCAAGGAAUUAUGGCGGGCCGGAGGAAUACGGAGUCUGUUCGCAGGAAACGGGUUGAAUGUGGUGAAAGUCAUGCCGGAAUCGGCCAUCAAAUUUGGCGCUUAUGAGUCUGCGAAACGAAUGUUUGCUCGACUCGAAGGACAUAAUGACCCCAAACGACUUCUUCCUACCUCCCAGUUCAUGUCUGGUGGCUUUGGUGGAAUGGUUGCACAAUGCUUUGUCUACCCUCUCGACACCCUCAAAUUUCGCAUGCAGUGUGAAACUGUGAAGGGUGGUCCGAAAGGCAAUCAACUCAUUGCGGCCACCGCGAGGAAGGUGUGGAACAAGAAUGGUCUCUUUGGCUUCUUCCGAGGUCUCCCCCUCGGUCUUGUGGGCAUGUUCCCCUAUGCCGCAAUCGAUCUAUCAACAUUUGAGUAUCUCAAACGUACCCUCAUCGCAAAAAAAGCCCGUGAGCUUGGCUGCCAUGAGGAUGAUGUUCCCCUUGGAAACUUCUUGACAGGCGCAAUUGGCGCCACGAGUGGAGGAUUCAGUGCCUCAAUUGUCUACCCUCUUAACGUUCUCCGCACUCGACUACAAACACAGGGCACCUUCAUGCACCCACCUACGUACACCGGCAUUGGCGAAGUCCUCAGAAUUACUCUUAAAUCUGAGGGACCACGAGGCCUUUAUAAAGGCCUCACACCCAACCUCCUCAAAGUGGCACCGGCCAUGUCAAUCAGUUACGUGGUUUACGAAAACGCCAAGCGCACACUUGGUCUCCGGUGA